UAGAGCAUGAUUAACUCAGCUAGAGAAGCAGGGGACCGCUGGACUGCAGCAGCAUUUUUAGUUCGAUAUUUGAUGUAUAUGUUUAGGAUUUAGCUAUCAUGGCGACAGUGCUUCUGUUUUUGAAAGCAUGUUUAAUAAUGGACCAGCGAAUACACUUAAAAUGGUGGCUGCAUUUUUUAUUGUUUUGCCUCCUUUUUGGUGUUUCGUUUGGAGAAGUCCGUUACAUCCUUCCAGAGGAGAUGCAGCGGGGCUCGGUUAUCGGGAAUGUAGCGCGGGAUCUGGGGCUGAAAGUGACGGAGCUUGAUGCUCGUAGAACCCGUGUUGUAGCCGAAGGAACUAGCCAGCUGUGUGAACUGGACACUGCAUCAGGCAAUCUUUUGAUCAGCCAACGGAUAGAUCGAGAGGAGCUCUGCGCGCAAGCCAGUGUCUGCAUCCUACAGUACCAGCUUUUAUUUGAAGAUCCUCUUCAAGUAUACAGCUUAGUUUUGGAUAUUGCUGAUAUAAAUGACAACAGCCCAGUUUUCGCUGCAGGGAAGAUACAACUAGAUGUAGUCGAAUCCACAGUUCUAGGGAGGCGCUUUCCGUUGGAGAGUGCGCAUGACCCCGAUCUGGGAACCAACUCAGUCCGUGAAUAUAAACUGAGCCCGAACGAUCAUUUUGCACUGGAAAUGAGUACCCAAAUAAAUAGCAAUGCUUAUCCGGAACUAGUUCUUAAAAAGUCCUUGGACCGGGAGGCACAAGCUGAACAUAUACUGAAAAUCAAUGGAAUCGACGGGGGAAAUCCGGUCAGAUCAGGAACUGCUUCUAUCCAUAUCCGUGUUUUGGACGCCAAUGACAAUGUCCCAGUUUUUAGCCAACGAGUUUACAAAGCCUCUGUGCCAGAGAACUCUGCCAUAGGGACUGGCAUAGCCAUGCUGAAUGCCACGGACUCAGAUGAAGGUGUUUAUGGAGAGAUAACCUACUCAUUCAGUCACCUGUCAGACAAGAUGGGAGGAAUUUUUGAAAUUAACCCUUUGAGUGGAGAAGUUCGGGUGGCAGGUGCUAUUGACUAUGAAGAUGCUAGUAUGCACGAGCUGGAUGUUCAGGCUAAAGAUGGGGGUGGUCAGGCGUCUCACUGUAAACUUAUAAUUGACGUCAUUGACGUAAAUGACAAUAAACCCAUGAUGGAAAUAAAGUCAGCCUCUGCUAACGUGGCUGAAGACUCUAAACCAGGAACUAUGGUUGCUCUGAUUAAUAUUUAUGACCUGGACACUGGAAACAGUGGGCGCGUCACGUGUACAAUCCCAGACAAUGUUCCUUUUAAAUUUGUAUCAGAGGUAAAAAACUAUUACAUGUUAGUGACUGACGGAGUACUAGACAGAGAACUUGAACCCGAGUAUAACAUCACAAUCACUGCCACUGAUGCGGGCUCCCCCUCGCUUUCUAGUGUAAAAGUUUUAACAAUCGUGGUCAAUGAUAUAAAUGAUAAUCCACCGAGUUUUACGCAGAGCGAGUACAAUUCCAACAUCUUAGAAAACCAACCCGUUGGCUCGUUUGUGAUGAAAGUAAAAGCAGAGGACAUUGACGACGGAACUAAUGCUAAAAUACUAUACCAAAUAUCAAAGGACACACAGUCAGAAGUGUCCUCCUUCCUCACCAUCAACUCAGACACAGGGGAGCUCUUCACAUCACGCCUAUUUGAUUACGAACAGUCCGUUUACUUUCAAAUUAAGGUGACAGCUCGAGAUGGAGGCGACCCUCCACUCUCCACCACCUGCACUGUAAACGCUUUUAUUAAGGACCAAAAUGAUAAUGCACCUGUUGUCUUAUAUCCCGUCCAAACCACGGGGUUUAUUGCUGAGGAUAUGGUGCCAGUUGAAGCGCCUAGAGGUUACCUGGUUACUAAGGUGGUAGCUGUGGACGCCGACUCUGGCCAUAACGCCUGGCUGUCUUACAGAAUAAUCAAAGCAACGCGGCCUAACCUGUUUAUGGUCGGUCUGCAUACAGGAGAAAUCAGAACGGUGCGUGCGUUCAUGGAGGACGACGAACCGAAACAAACUGUUGUUGUUUUAGUAACCGAUAACGGGCCCGAAUCUCUCUCCGCCACCGCUACAGUCAGCGUAGUCAUUGGGGACGGGUUGCCUGUUUUAAACGAACUCUUUGAGUUUGCAGAUGAGUCACAGGACAGCGAUAACUUAACGCUCUAUUUGAUUAUCGCUCUGAUAGCGGUUUCCUCUCUUUUCAUCCUUUUAAUCAGUGGAGUGUUUUAUGUUAAGCUCUGCAGGCGUAGUUAUGUAUACCGUUCAACGACUGCUCUCCCCGUUUUCCCCACGACUUACUGCCCCACUAGUUUUGCAGACGUAAGCCGUAGUGGGACCCUGCUGAAAGAUGACCGGUAUGAUUCAUUCUUGACCACAGGGUCGUGGAGAGGCGAUUUUCGUUUCGGUUCAAGUACAGACACUGACACACUGAAGCAAAGAAGUGCAGCCUAUCAAAAAAAUACGCUAAGGCGCACGAGUACAGACAGAGCUGGUCUGAAGGUGAGGGCAGGUGCACCGCAUCCUUGUUAUGUGGUCAAAUGAGAGUCGUCCAUAACAUUGUGUAUUUAUUGUAAAUAUGAUCCCUAUGAGGUGAAUUAAAUGUUGACCCUUUGACUGCCAAAUAUUAUGUUUACAAUGUUAGCAUUGUAUUUGUGAUUGGAUAUGUUGUCAAUGCCGUGUUUAAUGUGUUUUGUAAUUUACUUGGAGUUUUGCUAACAACCUUAACCUCAUCACACCACGACCUUAGACGGUAAUCGUAACCCAAUAUUUUCGAAAAUAGUAUCAUAUUAGCAUAAAAAAAUAAUAUUUCUAUUUACUCAGUUUUGUUUGCCUUUUUCGAAAUCACAGAUUGAAAAAGUUUACACCAGUUUGUUCUAACUUAGUAAGGCUUGUUUUGUUUGCCUGCCUCUUUUAAUUCUUAUUCUGUAACUACUUACUAGUAUUAUAUAUGCAUGGUUGAGCUUUCUGACUACUUUAUUUCCUUCCUUGAUAAUAACAAUACAGUUCAGGAACUGUAGUACUAUCUGUUAAUAUUUUGCUUUGUCCAUGAUAUAGGCAUCUUUUUCUCUGUUAAUGUUUUUGGGGAAAAACCUUUGCCUUUGCACUUUUAUUUUCCAUUUUUUGACUUGGAAUACACUGCAGCCACGUUUUGAGAAUGCCAUGUUAUUUUUCACAAAAUACCAUGAUUUGUUGUGUGACAGAGAUAUAUUACAAGCUUUGCACU